AUGUCGCAAGGAAUAUAUUUGGCAGAUGCACCCGUAAGAAGACCCCAAUACGGGUCAAAUCCCCUCGUCCGGAAGAUACAACGGGCGUGCCGGUUGUCGUUGCAAGAACCGGAUCUGGCAUUGAACUUGGAUGUUGCAGAUUUCGUGAAUGCCAAACAAGGUGCCGCACCACGUGAAGCAGCUAUUGCGAUUGUGAAGCUUGUAAACAGCCGGGACACACACACGGCGGUGUUUGCACUGGCUUUGAUGGACGUUUUGGUGAAAAAUUGUGGGUACCCAUUUCACUUGCAAAUAUCGCGUAAAGAGUUUUUGAAUGAGCUUGUCAAGCGGUUUCCAGAGAGGCCGCCCGUUCGGUUUUCGAAAGUACAGCGUUUGAUUUUGACUGCGAUCGAAGAAUGGUACCAAACGAUCUGUAAGCAUGCCGCCUAUAAAGAAGAUUUGGGCUAUGUUCGAGACAUGCAUCGAUUGCUCAAAUACAAGGGCUACGUUUUUCCCAAGAUACGCGAAGAAGAUUUGUCUGUGUUGCGUCCGACAGACCAUCUCAAAACGCCCAGCGAAAUUCAAAAAGAGCAAGAAAUCGUACAAGCCGCUAAGCUUGACGAAUUGAUCCGUAGGGGCAAGCCCGAAGACUUGAAGGAGGCGAACAAGCUGAUGAAAGUCAUGGCUGGUUUUAAGGCCGACAACGCAUUGCAAUCCAAACAGCUUCUCAGAGACGAACUCACCAAACUCAAACGUAAAGCGGAUCUAUUCAAUGACAUGCUCAGUACCUCUGAAUCCCCAGAUCUCAACAAUGACACUUUAAUCGAACUAUACAGUGCCCUCAAAUCCUCCCAACCCAAAUUUCAAAAGAUUAUCGAAGAGGACCAGGACGACGAUGGUCUUGUUCAAGAACUUCUUUCGUUUAAUGACACUGUGAACCAGUUGAUUCAGAAGUAUACGCUACUCAAGACGGGCCAGAGCGGUCAGGCUGCCGAGUUGCAUGUUUCAUCCGUUUCCUCGCCUGGUGCAACCAGUGGUACUUUGGCCGACGAGCUAAAUUUGAUCGAUUUUGGCGACGAACCGCAGUCCAGUCCUUCGCCAGCACCUAUUGCUGGUACGUCUAACACCAUGGAUGACUUGUUGGGUGACCUGAAUGACCUCAGUUUCAGUCAGCCAGCUCCAAGUUUCGGCUUAGGCGGAAGCAUCAGCUUAGGUCCUAGCAUGGCUACUUCCUCUGUUAGCCCUGCUCCUGUCACUUCGAACACUUCAAGUUCUGGUAAUCUAGACCUACUUGCUGAAUUUUCCGAUCUUAAGCCUUCUCAAACGCAGUCAUACAACGCCCAGAACGACUUACUCGGAAACUUUUCAUCCAAAAAACCUGAGAAUCAAACAACCGACGGCAUAAAGCGCAUUGAGGUUUCAGCGUCAAAUAACUUGAAAAUCGAGUUUGAAAUUACAAGGCAGUCAAGCACAAGCAUCCGAGUCACCUCCAUUUUCAGCAAUAUUGGUAACGCACCUAUAAGCAACCUAACUUUCAUGCUUGCCGCUCCUCGGACCAUGACUUUGAGAUUGGAACCGCAAUCCGGAAGCACCCUCUCCGUUGGUGCUAUCGACGGAGUAAGACAGACUGGAUGGAUUGAUACCUCCAACUCUACCUCGGACAAGCCUCUAAAGGUUAAGUGGAAAGUCAGUUACAGUUUUGGCACGUCCUCUACAGAGGAGUCGUCCGUUUUCGUCUUUCCCAAAAUCUAG